GUUCACAAUUCAUUUCUCCCUCUUUAGAUUUCUCCUCUUCUCCAAUUUUAAACAAAACUUCCAUAUUUUUCUUAAAUUUAUUUGAUCGUUUUGCUCGUGGCUGAGGAGCUCCUUUAUGCAGAAAUGGCCAACACCUACAAGCCAAAGAACAUUCUCAUAACAGGAGCAGCAGGCUUCAUUGCAUCCCAUGUAUGCAACAGGAUAGUGCGAAACUACCCUGACUACAAAAUCAUAGUCCUUGACAAGCUCGAUUACUGCUCAAAUCUGAAGAAUCUCAUUCCCUCGCGUUCAUCUCCGAAUUUCAAGUUCAUCAAGGGAGACAUUGGAAGUGCUGAUUUAGUAAACUACAUCCUCCUCACAGAGUCCAUUGACACCAUCAUGCACUUUGCAGCACAAACUCAUGUAGACAAUUCCUUUGGCAACAGUUUUGAGUUCACCAAGAACAACAUCUAUGGCACACAUGUGCUCCUAGAGGCUUGCAAGGUCUCAAAGGGUCAAGUGAAGAGGUUCAUUCAUGUGAGCACUGAUGAGGUUUAUGGUGAGACAGAUGAGGAUGCUGUGGUUGGAAACCAUGAGGCUUCUCAAUUGUUACCUACCAAUCCAUAUUCUGCCACAAAAGCUGGUGCUGAAAUGCUUGUCAUGGCGUAUGGUAGAUCGUAUGGUUUGCCGGUUAUAACGACGAGAGGGAACAAUGUUUAUGGGCCUAAUCAGUUUCCUGAGAAGUUGAUUCCAAAGUUCUUGCUCUUGGCCAUGAAAGGAAGGACUCUUCCAAUUCAUGGGGAUGGGUCUAAUGUGAGGAGCUAUCUCUAUUGUGAAGAUGUUGCUGAGGCUUUUGAGAUCAUUCUCCAUAGGGGUGAGGUAGGGCAUGUUUAUAAUAUAGGGACAAAGAAAGAGAGGAGGGUGAUUGAUGUGGCUAGGGAUAUAUGUAGGUUUUUCAAUUUGGACCCUGACACACAUGUCAAGUUUGUGGAGAAUAGGCCUUUCAAUGACCAAAGGUACUUCUUGGAUGAUGAGAAGCUCAAGGAUUUGGGGUGGUCUGAGGGCACUACUUGGGAAGAGGGUCUAAGGAAAACCAUGGAUUGGUAUGUCAAGAAUCCUGAUUGGUGGGGUGACGUUUCUGGUGCUUUGCUUCCUCAUCCAAGAAUGCUCACUAUGCCAGGAGUUGAGAAGUACUAUGAUGGCUCUGAUAAUGUGACCGGAACCGCUUCCAAUGGUGAUGUUAACCAUUCUAAUCAGAACAGAAUGGUGGUUGUUCCAGCCACAAGGAAUAAUGUGUCACCACAAAAGGCAUCUUUGAAGUUCUUGAUAUAUGGUGGUGCAGGGUGGAUUGGGGGGCUUAUAGGAAACAUUUGUGAGAAGCAAGGGAUACCCUUUGAAUAUGGCAUGGCUCGCUUAGAUGAUAGAUCACAGAUCUUGUUUGAUUUUAGGACCAUUAAGCCUACUCAUGUUUUCAAUGCUUCUGGGGUGAUUGGAGCAUUAAAUGUGAAAUGGUUUGAAGCUCAUAAGCCAGAAACUAUACGUGCUGUUGUUGUUGGUGUGUUAACAUUAGCAGAUGUCUGCAGAGAUCAUGGUCUCCUCAUGAUGAAUUAUGCCUUUGGUGGUAACUUGGAAGACAAAGCAAAUUCCACUGAUGCCUUCUAUUUUAGAACACAAGCCAAGGUUGAAGAGUUGCUAAAGGAAUAUGAAAAUGUUUGCACCCUAAGAAUCCAAUUGCCAGUGUCAUCUGAUCUCAGCAACCCACAUAACUUGAUCACUAUGAUAACAAGGUCUGAUAAAGUGGCCAACAUUCCAAACAGCAUCACUGUUUUGGAUGAACUCGUACCAAUUUCAAUUGAGAUGGCCAAAAGGAAUUGCAGGGGCAUUUGGAACUUCACAAACCCUGGUACUGUGACAUGCAAUGAGAUUCUUGAGAUGUACAAGGAUUAUGUUGACCCUACUUUUAAAUGGGUUAAUUUUACACUUGAACAACAGGCUCAUGUCCCUUCUCCAAGCACUAAUGAGAUGGAUUCAUCAAAACUGAAGAAGGAAUUUCCUGAGCUGUUGCCUGUCAAGGACUCAUUGAUCAAAUAUGUGUUUGAGCCAGAAAAGAAAAGCUUGGGGUUUUGAGUAGCAUAAUUAACCAUAUAUAAAUGUAUACAUUUCGGUCUCUAUCAUUUUAUUUUCCCUUUUUUGGUUAGUUUGGUUUAGUUUGAUAGAAUUGAAUUUCAUAUUCCUUUUACCUUUUUUUUUUCAUUUGUAUUUGCUUCUGCUUUUUGUAGUUUAUAUUUUCUAUUCCAUAACAGAACUAUUUUGGUCAAAAUCAAAAGAAGUUGAAUAAAGGGUUAACCCCUGAUGUAUGAAACUAUGAAUAUAUCCAAAUUCGUCCAUGGAUUUUUUUAA